GGGCCGCCGGCGGGCAGCGAUGGGCUGGGUGGGGCGGGGUGGGAUCUUCUUGCGCCCGCCCUGCCCGCCUCCUGCCACCGCUGUUCUUGCCGCGGGCCAAGGGGGCCAAGGGAGGCGACGCGGCGUCUCUCGCCCUUCUGCUCGGGGGCUGCAGCCGGCGGCACGCUGAGGUUUCCAUACUCGCUGUGGUUCUCCGGAUUUGUUCUUUUCUUGAAAUGAUAGGACUAGGAAACAGCUGUCGUGGGAUAAAGUCUCCACCACUCCUCAUGGCUGCACUUACGGCAUGCAUAAUUGUUUUGGGUUUCAAUUACUGGGUUGCAAGUUCUCGCAGCAUGGAUCUGCAGGGUCGAGUCAUGGAUCUGGAAGUCAAAGUCCGCAGGGCAGCAGCAGAGAGGGGUGCUGUGGAGCAAAAAAAGAAUGAAUUCCAAGGGGAGCUAGAGAAGCAGCAACAGCAGAUUGACAAAAUCCAGUCCUUGCACAACUUCCAGAUGGAAAAUGCCAACAGAGUACAUCAGGAAGAGAAGGCAAUGCUGAUGAGUAACAUCACUGUAAAUGAUCGAUUGAUUCAGAGUUUGCGAGAACACUUGAAAGAGUUACAGACGGAGUAUGGAAAGCUACAGCUGGAUGUUUACUGGUUUCAGAAGAACCAGACUAACCUUCAGAGGAAGUUCUCAUAUGAUCUGUCACAGUGCAUCAACCAGAUGAAAGAAUUAAAAGAACAAUGCGAAGAAAGGAUAGAUGAGCUUAGAAAAAAGAGUAGUGAUGUACCACAAAUCAAAGAAAACAAAGACUUCACAGAAGAUAGCCAGGUUGAUACUCUACUGCCAGCUUUGAAGCAAACAGGGUUGCAGCAGGCUGACUUGGAACAGCAGAAAACCAAUCAAGAUGUUCCUAAAGCAGUGCCUAUAGUAAGAAAGACAGACCUGAUGCAGCCUAAAGAAAGAACAGACAACCUAACUGACAUCAGAAAACAGAAGCCUAAGGCAGAAGAGGAGCAGCUUUCUAGUCAGUUGGAAAAUCCUCAAGAGUCGCUCAAGGCUGCUGCAGGUCACAAGGAGCUGCAGCCUGUGUCAGAGAAGGAGCCAAAUCCACCUGAGGAUGAGAAACACGUAGCUGGGCAAGAUACGUCAGAGCCAGCAGCAGAGCAGGCUGCCAGUGAGGAAAUUGAGAGGGAACAGUUCCUGAAUUACCAUGAUAAGCAGGAUGACUUGCCCCCUGGAAAGGCUGACAAGCAGGAACGCGAAGCAGUGAACCAGGACAAGGAUGUCGAUUACAAUUUAGAUGUGAAUGAAGCUGAAUCAGAAACUGACAAGCAAGCAGCACUUGCUGGGAUUGAAAAUGUUCAAAACCAUGAAGAUAUGAAGAACCACUUACCUGACAAUGGUGAAGGACGACAGAAGUUGUGAACAAAGGAAGUUCAUGAUACAACUGAGUCACCUCUUCCUCCAAAUGCAACAAUGAUCCAAGCAAAGUGAUCUUAGAAGGUUUUGAUUAUCUUCUAAAGGCUUGACUAAGGGCACAUAUUAAGUAGCAUUUUCUUGUGAAGUUUUAGUACUGUUGCAGUGAGGAAAAGAGGUAAAUCUCUGGAGGCCUGUUUCAAAGCAGUUUGGCCUCUGCAAUGACUUUCUCCUUCCUAUCAAUUACAAAAUUGCAGUUAGGUAGCAAUGAAGUUAGUAACUUUGAAGUUGGCUACCUUGUAUAUCAUAUUGCAGUAAGCACAUGUCUGGAUUAGUGGUAGUCCUCUGCCAAGGAUGGAUCUCUGCUGAGCAAUGCAUAGUAGAGAAAUCCCCAGCUCAGUUUUAAGAAUUUAAGAAGGGGUUGUGUUACUAUAACAAAACGAAGGAUGAAACCAGUCCAUGCUGCAGUCUACCCUUGUGUCUGUUCUGGCACUUUUUUACUGCAGCACAGACUAAGAAAGCACAACUGUAGUCUCAGAUACUAUGCAGAAUGAUAUAUGUACCUGGGCCUCUAAAUUAAACUCCUAGAUUACAUGGUUGAGAUGUGUUCUUAGUUUCCAAGGUAAAAAAAAAAACCCACAAACCCAAAAAGGAUUCUGACAAUAGAAGCUACUUGCUAAGAGAUUAGCCAGGAAGAUUUUUCUGAAAGCUUUGUUGGAUUCCACAAGGUCAGUACUACAGUGUGUUUUGGUUACCACUACCUGGCAUAAGUUUAGUGUUAAAAUUCAAAUUCAUAAAAUUUUCGUGACAGCAGACCUCUGAAAUGCUGUACUACAACUAUCCUUUAUGUCACCCAGCUCCUGUCUUUUGCAAAAACAGAGGAAUGUAAAUGUUUGCCUUGUACAACAGCAAUCUCAGCUGUUCAAUGUGACUAAUCUUCUCUGCCACACUUCUGACAGAGUAACCAGACUAUGCAUUUAGAAGACAAGGAAGUGUCUUCUACAGGUGAAGCUUUAGUUGUUGUGAAGUGUGUGUUAAUCACAAUGUAUCAUCUUGCUAAUGUUCUGCAGUCUUUCCCAUAACUUGUUAAAUGUAAACUAAAAACUAUUUUACUUCCUGUGAGCUAGAAAUACCCUCUGCUUACACAAAGGCACCUUACCUGCAGUCCAGUCACGAUGUAUAGCCAGCUGUUUUGAAGAAAUUUUUAUAUUUGUGUCUCUGGUCCCAGGACCCAACACCCAUGUUUGGAGCAUUGUUUGUGAGUAUGAACCAACCUCUGUUGAGACAACACAGCAGCCAGACAGCUGUGAUUAACUUGCCAACCAGCAUUCCACUUAAGAAAACACAAAUUUGUCUUUGCUUUCUGUCAAAGCACUUCACUUUGUAACUCCUUUUCUGGUGUGUUGUUCUUCAGUGUACUACUUUAGAGCUCCUGUACGGUAAAAUAAGGCUGGCUCUUUUGUGUAUGAAAAGGGUAUUCGUUUUCAUCAAGUGAAGGUCAGAGUUUAAGUCAAAAGAUGUCUAUUAAACCUAAACACAGAAACAGUUCACUAAGAGUUUUUCACCAUUUAAGUAAGAACUAACUGGUCUGGGCUACUACAGUCAACACAGCAGGGAAAACAUGCUUGUAAACAGGAGGGAAGAGGAAUGAGCAUCUGUUCUGACAAGUACUGGGAAACUCAGGUUAUUGGGACUUUUUUUGCAAAUAAUGACAAAUGAUGUUUCAACAUCAAAGUGUUUACCUAUAAUUUGGAUAAAAAUACUAAAAAUACUUAUCCAUAAUUUGGAUAAAAAUGCCCAUCUUCUAAGCAUUUUCCUAGGACUUAAUCAGUAAACAAUUAUGCAGCUGAGAUUUAAGUUGAUCAGGAAUUUAAUAUUGAUUGCUAAAAAGCAUGUAUUCUAACAGUAAAAAAACAGACAGUGAAACACUAUAUUCAGGUUGAAUGAAUAGCUUUACCAGUAUCAAGUUAAAAAUUCCAAAGAAUCAAACACUUAAGGGUAAUUAAUAUAUUGCCAGAGGAUUAUUUUAAAACUAAUUGUUUUGGCUAUGCUUCUGUUUGCCAACUGGAUGCUGUCCUCCAUAGAUACGACCACCUCUGUACAAAGCACACUUGUAAACCUCUGAGGGCAAAGGGUCCAAAAACAUGCAAAAGAGCAAUGCUCAAAAUGAAGGAUUACGGUUUUAUUCCCAAUGACUUCCAGUGCUUCAAUCUAACGCGGGUAGUAGAUUUCUAGUAUACAAGAGGCCUGUAUGUUAAGUGUACAGAAUUUUAGAAUGAAAGGACCUUUAGUUGAACAAGAGAUUUAUCUGGAACUGUGGCAUACAUAGUGUUGUCUCUCACUAAAGUUUUCAGUUGUGUGAGGCAUUACUAGUUUUCUCUAAUUAUCUUGGUGUUAUAUUAGCACUUUGGUUUGCUUUUCUUUACAACUAAACUUGAUCCAUUUUAGGUAAGCAUUUAAAAAUAAAAGUAUUUAGAAGAA